UGGCUCAGUCCUCGCGGCGUCCCUUCGCAGUCGUCUGGAAUCCUGUUGCUUAGCGGCCUGUGCGCGCGUGCGUGGACAUGGCUUCAAACGACUAUACCCAACAAGCAACUCAAAGCUAUGGGGCCUAUCCUACCCAGCCUGGGCAGGGCUAUUCCCAACAGAGCAAUCAGCCCUAUGGCCAGCAGAGUUACAGUGGUUAUGGCCAAUCAGCUGACACUUCAGGAUACGGCCAGAGCAGCUAUGGUUCUUCUUAUGAACAGACCCAAAACACAGGCUAUGGAACUCAGUCAGCUCCCCAGGGAUAUGGUUCCACUGGUGGCUAUGGCAGCAGCCAAAGUUCCCAGUCUUCUUAUGGGCAGCAGUCCUCCUACCCCGGUUAUGGCCAACAGCCAGCUCCUAGUAGCACCUCAGGAAGUUAUGGUGGCAGUUCUCAGAGCAGCAGCUAUGGGCAGCCCCAGAGUGGAGGCUAUGGUCAACAGUCUGGCUAUGGUGGACAGCAACAAAGCUACGGACAGCAACAAAGCUCCUAUAACCCACCUCAGGGUUAUGGACAACAGAACCAGUACAACAGCAGGCAGUGGAGGUGGUGGAGGGGUGGUGGAGGCAACUAUGGCCAAGAUCAGUCCUCUAUGAGUGGCGGCGAUGGCGGUGGUGGUUAUGGCAAUCAGUACCAGAGUGGUGGCAGCGGUGGUGGCUACGGGGGAGGCCAGCAGGAUCGUGGGGGCCAUGGCAGGGGCGGUGGAGGUGUUUACAACCGAAGCAGUGGUGGCUAUGAACCCAGAGGCCGUGGAGGUGGCCGAGGAGGCAGAGGCGGCAUGGGCGGAAGUGACCGUGGUGGCUUCAAUAAAUUUGGUGGUCCUCGGGAUCAAGGAUCUCAUCAUGAUUCUGAACAGGAUAAUUCAGACAAUAAUACCAUCUUCGUGCAAGGCCUAGGCGAGAAUGUUACAAUUGAAUCUGUGGCGGAUUACUUCAAGCAGAUUGGAAUUAUUAAGACAAACGAGAAAACUGGACAGCCUAUGAUUAAUUUGUAUACAGACAGGGAAACUGGCAAGUUGAAGGGUGAGGCAACAGUCUCAUUUGAUGACCCACCUUCUGCUAAAACUGCAAUCGACUGGUUUGAUGGAAAAGAAUUCUCUGGGAAUCUUAUUAAAGUUUCAUUUGCUACCCGGCGUGCUGACUUCAACCGGGUAAAUGGUCGUGGAGGCCGAGGGCAAGGAGGACCCAUGGGCCAUGGAGGCUAUGGAGGAGGUGGCAGCGGUGGUGGUGGCCGGGGAGGAUUCCCCAGUGGAGGUGGUGGAGGUGGAGGACAGCAACGAGCUGGGGACUGGAAGUGUCCUAAUCCUACAUGUGAGAACAUGAACUUCUCUUGGAGAAGUGAAUGCAACCAGUGUAAGGCACCUAAGCCAGAUGGCCCAGGAGGGGGACCAGGAGGCUCUCAUAUGGGGGGAAACUACGGUGAUGAUCGGCAUGGCAGAGGAGGAUAUGAUCGGGGCAGCUACCGGGGCCGAGGAGGGGACCGCGGGGGCUUCAGAGGGGGCCGGGGUGGUGGGGACAGAGGUGGUUUUGGCCCUGGCAAGAUGGACUCCAGGGGUGAGCACAGACAGGAUCGCAGGGAGAGGCCAAUUUAGCCUGGCUCCUGAAGUUCUGGAACAGCUCUUCCUGUACCCAAUGUUACCCUCGUUAUUUUGUAAACUUACAAUUCAGGAUUGCUCAUAGAUAUUUUGGGGGGGGGUGGGCAACGGUAUGUGUGUGUGUGUGUGUGUGAGUAUGUCAGUCAGACUACCGUAAUUGUAACCAUAUCUCUGGUUCCCAUUAAAAACCAUUUUAGUUAAAAAAAAAAAA